AUGAAGAGACGGCGCAUGCGUCAGCGAUAUGCCAAAAAAAUUAUUCUCUCUAUAUAUCUUUCUAUCUAUCUCUCACUCUCAAUCGCCCUCGCUACCUCUCCCUUCCACUAUCUCUCUAUCUCUCUCUAUCUAUCUCUCACUCUCCACUCCCUCACUCUCUGCCUUCCUUUUAACGCUAAAUUUCUUAUCAUAAUCUUCAAUUCUUCCACGAUUAUUACCUUCUUUCUCUCCUUCUCCCUCACUCUUUCUCUCCUCUCUCUCUCUCUCUCUCUCUCUCUCUCUCUCUCUCUAAGUGGGCUCACUCUCUCUCCUUCUCCCUCGUUCUUUCUCUCAGACUCUCUCGUGUUCUUUCCCUCUCUUUCAAAUGUGAUCUCUCUCUCUCUCUCUCUCUCUCUCUCUCUCUCUCUCUCUCAAGCUAUCUCUGUUCGUAUUUAUCUCACUCUAUUUCUAGCGAGCUAUUCAACCAAAUGGAUAUAUCUGUUUUUUCAUCUAUCUAUCUAUCCAUCGCAGUCCGUUUAUUUUCUAUCUAUCUAUCUAUCUAUCUAUCUAUCUAUCUAUCUAUCUAUCUAUCUCAGUCUGUUCAUUAUCUAUCUAUCUAUCUAUCUAUCUAUCUAUCUAUCUCACCAGUUCCUAUCUUUCUAUCUACAUAUUUAUCUAUCUAUCUAG